AUGUCGUAUGCAACUCAAGAUGGAGUGGCAGAAGGACAGCCGAGUGGGAACCAGACCCCAGCAUUCUUCCUGUCGAAUUACAGAUUGGGCAAAACGCUGGGCAAUGGUUCUUUUGGGAAGGUGAAAAUAGCAGAGCAUGUGCUCACGCAGCACAAGGUGGCCAUCAAAAUUCUGAACAAGAGGAAAAUAAAGCAGCAGGAUAUGGAGGAGAAAGUGCGGCGGGAGAUCAAGAUCUUGCGGCUGUUCAUGCACCCCCACAUCAUCCGUCUCUAUGAGGUCAUCGAGACGGACAAUGACAUCUACGUCGUGAUGGAGUUUGUCAAGGCUGGGGAGCUCUUUGACUACAUAGUGGAGAAGGGGCGGCUGUUGGAGGACGAGGCGAGGCACUUCUUCCAGCAGAUCAUUUCAGGGGUGGAGUACUGCCACCGCAACAUGGUGGUGCACCGCGAUCUGAAGCCCGAGAACCUGCUGCUCGACUCCAAGAUGAACAUCAAGAUCGCCGACUUUGGCCUCUCCAACGUUAUGCGCGACGGCCACUUCCUCAAAACCUCCUGCGGCUCCCCCAACUACGCCGCUCCAGAGGUGAUCUCAGGGAAGCUCUAUUCAGGACCAGAGGUGGAUGUGUGGAGCUGCGGCGUCAUCCUCUAUGCGCUGCUGUGCGGCAGCCUGCCGUUCGAUGACGAGAACAUCCCCAAUCUGUUCAGGAAGAUCAAGGGAGGCAUCUACAACCUGCCCACCCACCUGUCCCACGGCGCGCGCGAUCUCAUACCGCGCAUGCUCGUCGUUGACCCCCUAAAACGCAUCACCAUUCCUGAGAUCAGGCAGCAUCCCUGGUUCACGCUGCACCUGCCGCGCUACCUGGCGGUGAUGCAGGCGGACACCAUCGCCAGCACGGCCAUGAUCGACGAGGAGAUCGUGCACGAGGUGGUCAAGCUGGGCUUCAGGCGCCACGAGGUGGUCGACUCCAUCAGGUCCAGGGCCCAGAACAAGGCGACUGUGGCGUACUACCUUAUGUCGGACAACAGGCGGCGCAUGCCCAGCAGCGCCUACCUGCGCGCCGAGCUCACAGAGGCCCACACGCCGCCCCACGCCUACCCCUCAGCGGGGAUGAUGUCGGGGAAUACGCCGGGGGGCCCGGCGCCGGCGCAGCGGGUGGUGGCAGAGCGGCGGUGGCGUCUGGGCGUGCACUCGCGCGGCCACCCGCACCGCAUCAUCGAGGACCUGCUGCGCGCGCUGGCCGCCCACAGCGUCGCCUACAAGAAGAUGGCGCCCUACAACUACAAGUGCCGCAAAGUCUACCCCGCCCUCGUGCGGCUGGAUGCGCUGGCGCGGGAGAACCACAACGGGGUGCAGAGCGAUCACGGCAGCACCAGCAGCCUGCCCGGCAGCACAGAGCGCAUCCUGAAGUUUGAGCUGCAAAUGUACAAGAUGCGAGACGGCGAGUACUGCAUAGACAUCCAGAGAUUAAUCGGAGAGCUAUUCCUGUUCAUGGAUUUGUGUGGAGGGUUGCUGAGCCGCCUGCAUGUCUAA